AUGAAUGCAUAGAUACAUAUCUCCAUUUUGCUCAACGGAUAGAAAACUAUAAAUGCACUCUCUUCCAUGUUGAAGGAAAUUUUCGCAAUCUAUAUAAAGUCUCUUAGUGCUUUACUAAUUAUAUUAAACUUUAACAAAAGGAAGUGCUUUCAUAUUUUAGAGGAAUCCGCAUGGAGGUUGAGAGAAAGGUGUAAAAUUAAAAGCAAUAAUUGUGUUGUAAUAAGAAAUUUUUCCAAAAAGAAAAAUGUUUUUCAAUAUUUAUUAUUAAUCAGACUCAGAUAUUUCAUCUUGACCAUUCAAUACUCUAUAAAGUAGUAGGAUAUCACGUGGGAGACAAGGAUAGUCUAAUUUAAAAGUAGAAAUUAUAUUUUUUACUUUUUUUUGAUCAGAAACGAAUGGUUUUUCAAGUUAUAAGUCUUUAAAAUAAUCUAUAUUUGUAUCUUCAUUUUACUUUUUUAAUAACAGAUUAAUGAUUCUUUUGAAGCUGGUCACUUUUUGCAUAUUCAGCUCAAAAUAUUGCUUGUAAGUAAUAUCAGCAGGCUUUUUAUCAUAAACGAUAUUAUCAUUUUCAAAAUAACUAGAAUGGCAGAUUAUCUUAUAAGUAUAAUCAUUCUACAGCAUAGAGUACAAGCUUUUACAAGAGCAGAGUAGAUUAAAUUAUUAUUUAAGAUUUAAAAAGCUUAAUAUUGCAAAAAUGCAACUUUAGUCUAACUUUUGAAAGGUUUGGUUUUACAUUAUUCUAAAUAAAAUUCUUGA